ACCCGCAGGAAACCCAGCGAUAGGUGGUUCAGGGCAGCAUUCAGAUUAAAACUGGAUUUUCGUUAUUUUUGGUUAACUUUUUCGCGUUAUCAUGGAGGAACCACUUUCAAUUUUGCGCUGUCUUGAGGAAUAUCAUAGCUCGGAACUGUUUAAUGAGGACAAUGUGAAGACGGUUACUUCAAUAGAACAGGGGUUUCUUAUAAGCGGCAGUGUCACAGGCACUUCCAGGAAUCACAACAGAAUACAGAAAAAAGUUGAAGACAGUGUACAAGAGGUAUUCAGUGCUUACAAGAUAAAUCACAGAUUGUCACAACCCAGCCUGCAACGGGAGCAGCAUUACAUCUAUUUAAAGAGGGGUUUACGCCAUCUUUCAGAUGCCUAUGAGUGUCUUGAUGCAAGCCGGCCCUGGCUUUGCUAUUGGAUCCUACACAGCCUGGAGCUCCUGGAUGAACCAGUCCCUUCAUCUGUAGCAUCGGAUGUGUGUAAUUUCCUGGCCCGGUGUCAGAGUCCCAGGGGCGGGUUUGCAGGGGGCCCCGGCCAGCAUCCGCACCUUGCUCCCACUUACGCAGCCGUCAACGCGCUCUGCAUUAUCGGCACAGAGGAGGCAUACAACGUGAUCGACAGGCAAAAACUGCUAGACUUCUUGUACUCGCUGAAGCAGCCUGGUGGGUCGUUCGUCAUGCACGUGGGAGGUGAAGUGGAUGUCAGAAGUGCUUAUUGUGCUGCUUCGGUGGCAUCCCUGACAAACAUCAUCACGGCCUCGCUAUUUGAGGGAACCCCAAAUUGGAUUACAAGGUGUCAGAACUGGGAAGGGGGUAUUGGUGGUGUACCUGGACUAGAGGCCCACGGUGGUUAUACUUUCUGCGGAAUGGCUGCCAUGGUGAUCCUUCAAAAGGAGCACAUGCUGGACCUCAAAUCCUUGUUACGCUGGGUAACCAGCAAGCAGAUGCGAUUUGAAGGAGGGUUCCAGGGCCGCUGCAACAAGCUGGUCGAUGGCUGUUACUCAUUCUGGCAAGCUGGACUGCUUCCCCUCCUGCACAGAGCCCUGCAUACACAAGGGAGUUCCAGCCUCAGCAUGACAAGCUGGAUGUUUCAUCAGCAGGCUCUACAGGAGUACAUCCUUCUCUGCUGUCAGAACCCGUCCGGAGGGCUCCUGGAUAAGCCUGGCAAUUCCUCCCAACAGGCCCCAACUCACCCUGUGUACAAUAUCUGUCCUGACAAAGUAGCACAAGCCGUACAGCACUUUCAUCAGAUGGCUGUCCCUGGGAAGAGUGGAGCAAGUACGAGGCCCAACAGCAUCAACUGACUUUGAGGGAAUUUCUUUCAAACAAUUUGCCUGGGGAACUGGUGUCAAAAUCGGAAGAAAGGGCAGCUGAGGGCCAAAAAUGAAACCUUUAAUACAGUGAAACCUGUCUAAUCCAGCCUCUCUACAAAGCGGUGUUCUGUAUAAUAUGGCAUGAUUGGUUGGUCCCAAACCAAAUCCCUAUUGAUAACA